CGCCAACAUUGUGUGGAAUAAUUGUGCAAAAGUAGCACAAUAUUUUUAUUAUUUUACAUUCGGUUUUCAUAUUUAGCAAUUUAAGAAUAUGCAAAUUAAUAAAUAAUUGGCAUUAAAGUCAAAUAAAAAUAAUAUAUUUUCAUAUUCUCCUAUUUUUUGUGUGCUGGAAAUUCGCUUGUGGUGUUCUUCUUCAUUGACGUUUUUAUAUUGUUGGUGGGUGCGUGCGUGUAUAACACAUCCUCCUCUAUACAACAUCAUCUUCAUCAUCAUCGUCGUUUUUCCAAAGGUCGUCCGUCACAAAACAACAAAAGAAGAAAAGCAAUCAAAACAACAACGAGGUAUAAAAAACGAGAUUCACUCUACUCAUACAAGAUACAAGAAGAAACAAAAAACGAAAAUAAUACAAGAAAAAAAAAACAAUUGUGGAAGUUUUACACCAAGAAUAUACAUAAUAAAUUCUUUAAGAAUUGUAAGCAUUAUUAAUUUGUUACAAAGAAUAUAAAACGCAAUUCCUUUUGGUCGUCUAACAACCAAGAAGAGCAGUGAGUAACCAACGCAUUGUGUCACAAUAGAAGGAUAAUAAAGAAAAGACGCCAUUAAGUGUGAGAAGAAAAAAAUGGAAAUUGAGCCAGAUCAAUCGAUGGAAGCUAUGGACAUACAAGAAAUCGAUUCUUUACCUGGUGCUGAGUUACAACAUCAACAGCAUCUCAACAAACUACACUUGCCACCCACGGCGGGCGGCCAGCAAUUACCCAAUGAGAAUGGUAAUGUACCACCCCAGCAGCUUUUAGCCGACACUGGUUCUCCAUAUACAAACGAGCAAGAAAUGACAGCUCUCGACGAUGGCCCCAAAGAGGAUGAAUUCCGAUCGGAAGCUACCUUCUCGUAUACGGUCGAAAAAAUUGCCCAACUCAAGACACAGCAACUAUCGCCACCAGUCUAUGUGCGCAUGUUGCCCUGGAAGAUUAUGGUAAUACCAAAUGAACGUGCUCUGGGUUUUUUCCUGCAGUGCAACGGUGAAAAUGAUUCACCCUCCUGGUCUUGCAAUGCCAUUGCCGAUCUGCGACUAAAGAGUCAUAAGCCGGGCGCAAAACCAUUCUCACGUAUGCGCAUCAAACAUCUUUUCUACGCCAAGGAGAACGACUACGGUUAUUCGAAUUUCAUCACCUGGCAGGAACUUCAAGAUCCAGAAAAUUGUUACAUACACAAUGGCGCUAUUACUUUAGAAGUAUUUGUUCAUGCCGAUGCGCCACAUGGUGUACUCUGGGACUCGAAAAAGCACACUGGCUAUGUGGGCCUGAAAAAUCAAGGUGCCACCUGUUACAUGAAUUCCCUCCUACAGACCCUGUAUUUUACCAAUCAACUGCGUAGAGCCGUUUAUAAAAUACCCACUGAAGCGGAUGAUAGCACCAAGUCGGUGGGCCUUUCACUGCAGCGCGUCUUCCACGAGCUACAGUUCAGCGACAAACCAGUCGGCACUAAAAAGCUAACAAAAUCAUUCGGUUGGGAAACUCUGGACUCGUUCAUGCAACACGACGUCCAAGAAUUUCUACGUGUGCUUCUCGAUAAGCUGGAAUCAAAAAUGAAGGGCACCAAUUUAGAGGGUACCAUUCCCGGCUUGUUUGAGGGCAAAAUGUCGUCGUACAUCAAGUGUAAGAAUGUCGACUACAAUAGUACUCGCUACGAGACUUUCUAUGAUAUACAAUUGAAUAUUAAGGAUAAAAAGGAUAUUUAUGAAUCGUUUCAAGAUUAUAUAACACCAGAAACAUUGGAGGGGGAUAAUAAAUAUGAUGCCGGAGUUCAUGGUCUUCAGGAAGCCAACAAAGGUGUACAUUUCACUUCAUUCCCUCCCGUUUUACAUUUGCAUUUAAUGCGAUUUCAAUACGAUCCAGUUACCGAUAGUUCUAUUAAAUAUAACGAUCGCUUUCAAUUCUAUGACCAAAUCAAUCUUGAUCGUUUUCUUGAAAAAGAAGGCGACACUAAGGCAGAGUACAUUUUACAUGCUGUUUUGGUACAUUCGGGCGAUAAUCACGGCGGUCACUAUGUUGUCUUUAUCAAUCCCAAGUGCGAUGGCAAGUGGUAUAAGUUUGAUGAUGACGUUGUGUGCAGCUGUAGAAAAAAUGAAGCAAUCGAAAUGAAUUAUGGCGGCAUGGAUGAGGAAGUGUCGUUCCAUGCCAAAUGCAGCAAUGCUUAUAUGUUGGUGUACAUACGAAAGUCGGAAAUUGAGCGUGCACUCAGCGACAUACCGGAGCACGAAAUACCCAGUGAACUAGUCGAACGCUUGGAGUUGGAAAAACGCAUUGAGAUGGCACGACGCAAAGAACGUAGCGAGGCUAAUUUGUAUGUAUCCAUACACGUAAUACUGGAGGAGUAUUUCGAGGCCCAGCAAAAGAGACGUCUCUUUGACUUGGACAAGGUGCACCAGCGACUAUUCAAAAUGAAGCAGACACAGACCAUUGAGGAAAUGAUGGAUCAAUUUGUGAAAUCAUUUUGCGUACCUAAAGAACGUAUGCGUGUUUGGAUAAUGUAUGCCACGCAAACACAAAAGUUUCUUUAUUUCGAUUUUCAACGUGAAGGUGGUCGUUCGAUUGAACAAAUCGCUAGCUCACAAAAACCCUGGGUAAUAUUUUUGGAAUUGGCUCCACCCGAUAAGCCAAGUCGUGCACUGCCGACAUUCGAUCCCAAAAAAGAGGUUUUAAUCUUUUUCAAGUAUUACGACGCCCGCAACAAGCGACUCAACUAUAUUGGCUGUUCACAGCAGCCAUUGGGCCGGCGCCUAGUUGAGCUGGUGCCCGAUGUUAACUUACACUUGGGUUUUGAACGAGAAACCGAAUUGACCGUAUUUGAUGAGUGUAACGAUCAAAAGAUUACCAACUUGAAUGAAUCGUUAGAGACAGUUUUGUGUUUGCAUCCGGACAACGCUGAUCGUGGCAGUCUCCAGGGUUAUAUUUUGAUUUUUGAAAAGGAACACAUUGAUCCGAAAUUGGAAUUACCAACUGUCAUUGAUUACUUUAACGAUUUGGUGUAUCGAGUGGAAAUAACAUUCUGCGACAAAAGCAAUCCAAAUGAACCUGAAAUUGUUCUAGAGCUUUCGAACCGUUAUACAUACGAUCAAAUGGCACAAGCUGUGGCCGAGCGUUUAAACACAGAUCCAAAUAAAUUGCAGUUCUUUACUUGUACCGGUAGCUACAAGGAUCAACCAGGCACUGCUAUUCAAUAUAACCAGAAGGGUUGUCUUAAAGAUCUGUUAGUGUCCACUAAGCAAAGCAAUACCAAAAAGCUUUUCUAUCAAAGACUGUCGCUCAGCAUCCAUGAACUUGACAAUAAGAAACAAUUCAAAUGCAUUUGGGUUUCAAAUGACCUUAAGGAGGAAAAAGAAUUGGUUUUGUAUCCAAAUAAGAACGAUACGGUUAAGGGUUUAUUGGAUGAAGCCGCCAAGAAGAUACAAUUCUCGGAGAACAGCUCGAAGAAGUUGCGUCUUUUGAAGGUGAAUAAUCAUAAAAUUGGUACGAUUUUCAAAGAAGACAUACCGCUGGAAUCACUGCAGAAGACCACUGAACCCAUUACACCUCAGAGUACUCAAAAGACGUUCCGUAUUGAAGAAGUGCCUCUUGAAGAUUUACAGCUGGCUGAAAAUGAAAUGCUUAUACCGGUUGCUCACUACAGCAAAGAAAUCUUUAGUGUUUUCGGUGUGCCAUUCCUAAUUAAGGCGCGGCAAGGCGAACCCUACGGAGCUCUCAAGCAACGUAUUCAGAAGCGCCUCAAUGUGCCCGACAAGGAGUGGGAGAAUUAUAAAUUUGCAGUUAUCGGUGGCAAUACGUCGGACUUUAAUGAUAACACACCAGUCGAUCUUAAUGUUUAUCGUUCCUGGAACGGUAAUGCGCCCUUCUUUGGCCUGGAUCACAUCAAUAAAUCACGCAAACGAACAUCAUUGAAUUUCUCCGAAAAAGCCAUUAAAAUUUAUAAUUAAUUUUAUCUAAAAACCACCACCACCAACCACCCCAACACAUACACACACUCACGAAAGUAAAUCAAUCACACACAAAAAUUCUAAAAUUCAAUUUAUAAGAAAAAAACAACAACCCAGAGAAGAUCAACAAGAAUCAAGAGACAAAUUGAAAAUUAUACUAAGCGAGAGAGGGCGAUAGAGUAGAGCGUGAACUACUUACGAAGGAAAGCUAAUGUUGCAACACAAAGUGAAGUAACAAAUAAAACAUCCAACCAACUAAGAAAGAAGCAACCGAUAAGUCAUCAUUACCUUUAAGGGACAUUAUGGGAAAAACAAAAAAAAAAUAUUAACAGAAUAUGCCUGCUAAACAAAUAAUAAUAAAAAAAAAAUUAAACAAAAACCGUUUCAUAAGAAUGAAGUAUAAUACAUCAUUUAAAUUUUUAUAAAUAAGUACUAUUAUUCAAUAAUUGAUGAUAAUGAAAAACAAAAGAAGAAAGAAAGAAAAAAACAAUAGAAAAACAAACAGAAAAGAAAAAACCAACCGCUGAAAAUAUGUAAUAUGUUGAUUUUUUUGAAACACAUACAAUUCUACUAUAAAUUUUUAGUUUACGACAAAACCCUUAAAUCCUUCCUCAUCCACACUUUUAAUACUUAUACAUACAUACUCUAACAAUACACACAUCAUCCAACAUACAUACAAAAUAAGAAGGUUAGAUUAUCAAACUAAAAUACAUAGUAAUACCACGUUUCUGAAGUGAGAAAGGAUAAACAUUAAGCUUUCAACAUUCAACAGGAACUUCAAUUAAGUGCGAAACGUGAAAAGAAUACAACAGCAACAACAAUAGCAUCUCUAAUAACAACAAAAAGGAUACACUUUCAAUAAAAGAUAAAAACUAGCGUUUGUUAUUUAUGUUUAUUAUUAAAAAAAAAGAAAAAAAAAUAUAUAUUAUUAUGAAAAAAUGCAAAAGAAAAAAAUAAAUUCAAACUCUGUCAACUGUAGUUAAGAUAUGCUUCUCCAGCAAAAAAGAAAAAGAAAUAACAAAAUUUAACCUAAAAAAUAUAUAAAAAAUAAAAUACACUUUUAAUUUUAAAACAA